AUGGCGGGUUCAACUGAUGGCGUAUUCACCCCAAUUGCAAUCUCGUUUUCGCAGCGUCCGAAUGGGACGAUCGCAACGGUGACCGUCUCCAACCCGAGGAAGCUCAACAGCUUAAAUACGACUAUCCUCGAUGCCUUUAUCGCCUCUGUUCCGCCGCUCGCCCAAAGGUCCGAUCUACGUUGCGUAAUUGUGACCGGGGGACCAUGCGCUGUUGGUCAGCAGGCAUUUAUUGGCGGCGCCGACAUCUCGGAGAUGAAGGACUUCCCCGACGCUGAAUCUGGGCGGACGUUCAUCAACAAGCUGCACCUGGCCUGCAAAGCGCUUCGAGACUUGCCCAUGCCGGUCGUUGCUCGUGUCAACGGGCAUGCCCUGGGGGGUGGGCUCGUCGUCCUGGCUUCAGCCGACUUGACCAUCACUACAUCAGACGCCCGUUUCGGAAUGCCUGAAGUCCAACGAGGCGUGCCAAGCACCAUUGAAGCAGCCCUGCUACCCCUGCAGAUUGGAGCCGCAAGGGCCCGGAGGCUUCUCCUCCUGGGCGACACGAUCUCGGCGCAAGAAGCCGAAUCAUGGGGUCUGGUGAACAGAGUCGUUCCGGCAGACCAAUUGGACAGGGCUGUGGAAGAAUGGGUGGAUAGGCUGCUGCUGAAUGGGCCGCGUGCCUUGCGUAUUCAGAAGAAGCUGUUUGCCCUGUGGGAAAAGGUUCCGCUCCGAGAAGCAAUAGAGAUUGGGGUGUGGGAGUUCGGCACCCCUUUCGAGGCGGAGGGGUUUGAAGCGGAAGGCAGGAGGAUGAUGAACGAGUUCCAGACACAGAACAGACGGAGGAAGAGCAAAAUUUGA